AUGCGCAAAUGCGUCACGAUGUUCAUCAAAGAACUGCAGAACGAUUCCGUGGGAGACUGUGGGUAAGUUACAACCUGUCUCAUCUCCAUUGUUCCAGUUAUUUUUGUUGUUAUUGUUGUUUAAUUUUUUGAGUUGCCCUAACCCGUUAUGAGCUGAAAAUAAGCCGCUGAGAUUGCGACACUAAUUUUCGUCUUAUUUCCGAUGUAGUUUAGGGGGAGUAUAAAAUUACAGAAAGUCCGCCACUGUUUCAAUUUUAACUCGGCUUUCUUUCAAUAAGCAAGACGGGGUUGCCUACAUUAUAAUGCAGCGGACUCCUUCUUCUUUGCCAAAACAUUUUACGCAGGGAUAUAAAUGGAGAGGGGAGCGGUUGGAAAUGCAUGUCACCCGAGGUGAAGGACUAUUAUCCUUGUCGCCUUGUGCUAUGAAUCCGAUAAGUGCCGCUAAGGUUAUACCACGGGAGUUAUCCCAGGGUUUAUCCCUGGGGCGACCCUCUGGCUUUUACGGCUUACGGUUACAGUUUUAGUCAUUUUACGGCUAACGUUUUCGAAUUCGUUCCUUUGCGGUUACCAAAAAAAUUUCUAUGGUUAACUUUCCUUUUACUAUCAUCGGUUUGAAUUUGUCAAUUUUCACGCUUAACGGACACCUGUUUUCCUGCUCCUGGACUGACUUUAUAAUUUUACGUACCGUCCUUUUUAUUUCCAUUGUUAGGGCCAAGGUAAACAAAACUAUCAAUUGUAUACGAAGGACAUACAACAUCUGCUUUGGAACAGAUUAUGCGCGUCACUUUGAAAGUGUUCGAGUACAAUUCACAGAAACUUCCAUGUGCCAUGAGGGGGCAUUGGGAUUACCUACUUCACACUCGUUGGAAGUUUUGGCCGCUCAUUGCCCCGAAUCGUUCAGCACUAAUCUAAACAACUGUUUAAAGUCCUUUCAAGGGACUUUUGCCAGAGACAAGACUGAUCCAGAUCUUUGCUAGUAAGUCGAUAUGGAGCAUUUGAACAAAAUUUUGUGCUUGGGUGGGGGGAAGGGCAUUGAAACGAACCAAUCUCCAAUGUCCGGAGGUUUGCCCCGGCGGGGGAUGUUGCAGCUUCGAACUGAUUAACGCAUCAAUGUUACCUAACGUUCCAUCGAAUUUCAACAGG